UAUUUGACUGUCAUGGCUACCUAGAAUUUAGAACCACCACCACCAAUAUUGAAAGUGAAAGACGCCUUAAAAGACACUGUCAAAUAAAAGCUAAGCUUAGAGAAGGAAAUUAGGGUUUAUUUUUUGAGGGGUGAAGGAUUGAUUGGAAUUUGAUUGUUUUUUCUUAGAGAUGUACACAAGUUCUAUGCGAAAAUCUUUCAAGGAUUCUCUUAAAGUGCUUGAAGCUGAUAUUCAACAUGCUAAUACUCUGGCAUCGGAUUUUCCGAGGGAAUAUGAUGGUGCAUGUCUUCAAAUGAGGAUGUCGUAUAGUCCGGCCGCGCACCUCUUCUUAUUUUUGGUGCAGUGGACUGAUUUUCACCUUGCAGGAGCCCUUGGAUUGUUAAGAAUACUAAUUUACAAGGUUUAUGUGGAUGGAACUACCACGAUGUCUACACAUGAAAGGAAAGCAAGCAUCCGAGAAUUCUACAGUAUCUUUCUCCAUCCGAGUCUUUUGCUGUUUGGUGCAUGUGUAGAACUUAGGGGUGUAAAUGAGAUAUUGGUGCUCGCAAGCUACUCAACUGUUAUCUAUCCCUCUUUGCUGCAACUUCAGAGCGGUGUCACCGAUAGUGAAGAUAAACAACAGAAAGCGGCAUGCGUGGAAAGGUAUCGUAGAAGAGAAGAUGAAGAGUAUAAGCAGCUUACCGAUAUUGAUUUCGAAAGAGAAGAAGAAUGUGGAAUAUGCAUGGAAACAAACAGUAAAAUGUUGCUACCGAACUGUAAUCACACCAUGUGCUUGAAAUGUUAUCGGGAAUGGCGGUCAAGAUCGCAGUCGUGCCCUUUCUGUCGUGAUAGUCUCAAAAGAGUUAACUCGGGGGAUCUUUGGGUAUAUACAGACAGCCGGGAUAUAAUCGACAUGGCCACAGUGACAAGGGAGAAUCUUAGAAGGCUUUUCACGUACAUAGAUAAGUUACCACUUAUUAUCCCUGCUACCAUUUUUGAUACUUAUGAUUCUCAUUUAAAGUGAUUAAAUAUAGUCUAAAACAUCGGCUCCACGAUCAGAGCAUUUCGGGUAGAAGUACUAUGGAAGCCCUUAAUACUAGAAGUCAGAUUUUAUUUUGCCCCUCUACUAAAAAAAUGGACAAAUAAGUCCGUGUACAUCAGAUCAAAAAACAAGUUAGCCCUUUCUGUUAAAAAUCUGUACUGAUAAAAACUAGUAUGGCUAAUGAAAUAACCAAACAGUAACACGUGACGUGCCAUGUGUACCUCAUGCUAAUGUACAAGGAUCAGUUUUGAAAUUUUAACAAAAGGACUAAUUUGCUCUUUGAUUUAACGUACAUGGACUAAUUUGCUCAUUUUUUAAGUAGAGGAGGCAAAAUGUAAUCCUACUCCUAAUACAGAAGCCUCCAUGGUAUUUUUACUGAGGAUUUUCUAAUCGUAUUUUCUUGAUUACAUAAGGACCGAAUCACUCGAUUUGGCAAAUUUAGCUAAUCUAGUAUAUGCAAUGCCUUUAUUCCCACUUCUCACCAUAGGCAAAAAGACCAUGCCCGAGUUAUUGUGGGCUGGUGCUGAAGUUGAGGUAUAUAUAGUUCAUGUAGGAUCCACAAAGAAAAACUGUAUUUAGUACAUUUUGUACAUGCUUGUAUAGCCUUUUAUGUUUGAUGAUUAAAUGUAAUAAAAUCCUUUUGCCAAAACCA